AUGGGUCUCUUUGGCAAAUCCAAAAAGAAGAAAAAGCAACAGCAGGCUUUGCUCAAGGCCAAACAAGAGCGAGAGGCUGCUGAAGUGGUCGAACGCAAGAGAGCCGCGGAAGCGUUGAGGCAACGUCAAGCCGAAUUGGAAGCCGAAGAAGAGAAGAAGGAGGAAGAAGCGCCCCCUUCGGUAGAAAAGGCAGAUCGGUCUUUGAAUGAAACCAUUGACACGGUAGAUGAAGAGCCGCAAGAUUCCUCUCGGGAAGAACCACAACCGAAAGAGAUUUCGAUUCUUGCCAACAACAAUGCUAGUGCUGCUUCUGACGAUUUCGCCAGUUCUCCUGUGGAUUUGGAUGCUUUGGAAGAUGAAGAAGAAGCAGAGCUCAUGGCGUUGCAACAACAGCAACAGCAAGAAUUUGAGCAAGAUUCUGUCCCUACCACGGCACAAACUUCCGAAGAUCCAGCUUGGACUCCCUUUGAAGAGGAUCCUUUUGCCGCUGCUACUUAUGAAAAGUGGCAAUUUGAAGAGGAACAACCUGCUCAAGAGGAAGCUCCUGCUCCUGAACCAGAGCAAGAAGCAGCUACUGCAGAGCCUGAACAAGAAGAAGAAGAGCUGCAACCAGCUGCUUCUGCGGAUGACAUUAUGAAUGAUUUGGAACAGGAUGAAGCCUCCCUCGACUUCAAGACUCGUGGCGAUGGCGCCGUGGAAGUGUCAUUCGAAGGUACGGAAGAAAACGAAUCGGAAGAAUUUCAACCGCCUAUCGUUGAGGCGGAAGAACAAGGUACUGCUUCCGAAGAUCCAUCGCCAGUCGCUGUGGCGGAAGAAGGAGAAGCCACUGACAGGGUGAUUGUGGAAGGAGAUGCCGCCGCAGCUGAUGCUGAUGCGGCAACUUCUGAUCUUGCAACCCUUCCUGAAGAAGAAAAGAAGGAGGAGACAGAACCAGAAGAAGAGAAGGAACGUCCCUUUGAUUCUGAAAAGGCCUUUGAAAAGGCACGGGAAGUGGUGGAUGAAGCGGCCAUUACCAUUGGAUUGGCCGCCUUGGCUGCUUAUUCCGCGGCUACCGCUUGUGUGGGUGACAUUCAGGCUGGAUUUGCCGACGAAAUGAAUGAUCAACUGUCUGUCAACACCAAGGACACGCACACCGUGGGUGACGAUAAUACUCUUGAUGGAGAUGGCACUUUGGAUGGUACCGUGGAUUCCAGAGGCAACUACACAAUGGAUACUGGUGAUUAUACUGAUGAUGAUGGUUCUUAUUCAAGAACUUCCCGAGGAACCUACGAUGACACCUCCAGAUACUCAAGAGGAUCAAGAGGAACCUACAAGGAUGACGCUUCUCGCUUUUCUGCAAAUACCCAAGAUGAUUCUUUGGGAAGAGCUCUGCAAGACGAUGAACCAUCCAGAUCAUAUCGUCGCUACGAUGAUACUCAAGCCAAGGAUGAUGCCAGCAGCAAGGACGAGGUUGGUUCUCGUACGUCAAGAGUGACCUUCCAAGAACCAAAAGAAGCUGCUGCUGUCAAACCACCAACACUGUCGUCCGUCCGUUCGCAAGAUGGAAACGAUGUGGAUAGUGCCAUGGGUACUGUCUUGGCCGCCAACAUUUCUUCUGCCACUGCCGGCAGUGCUUUGGGUGCUCCUCCAAGCGAAGCGGAAGAAUCAUUGGAUGAUGUUUUGAAUGGAUCCAACAGUGACGUUGCCAGCACCCCACCAAGAACCAAGCAAGAAUCGACUAUUGAAGAAAAUGAUGGUGAGUAUUACCCGCUCGAAGCUCUGCAAACGAAAUCUGUACCUGGAAUCGAUGACAAGCAACGAGAACAAUACUUGUCGCCCUCUGAUUUUGAAGCCUGUUUCAACAUGCCCAAGUCGGAAUUUGAUGCUAUGCCAAAGUGGAAGCGAGACAGUGCCAAGAAGAGAGUGUCAUUAUUCUAA